AUGAACCCACAAUUGUAUCUUUGUGCGAGCGUGUUCAUAACGCGAGGGGAUGUGAAAAGUGUUUCUGAAAUAUACCAAGGUUUGCAAUCUGAUGCCGAAAGAUUACAGUACUUGAAGCUACUAUGUGUUAUGUGGCCUGAAUUGGAUGCUCCUACUAAUAUAUCCUUUGUUCUGAAGGAUAUAGAGCUUAAUGGCAUGGAUGAAUCAUCUGUUUUGGUUUCUUUGAUCCAAGAAGACUCAUCAUUGACAGCAAUUUCUGAGAUGGAUGUUAACACAAUCUCUAAGAGAGUUAAUGCGUUGGCUAGCUACGUUGAAGAAACUCUAAUUGGUUUCAACAUUCAUAUUCGUGAGACUCACAUGCUUGAAGAUUUUAUAAGGGCAAGAACUCUAGUCGUAAAUUCGUUGAGUAAAGAUGCGCUAUGUAGUUUAGAACUACUAGCAAACUCCACGAGUAAGUCGUUGGUCAGCUGGCUCGAUGGAAUUCUCAAGCCAUUGGACCAUCUAAAUCGAAGAUUAGAUACCAAGCUCAGUAUAUUUCAAUUUGAAAAUUUAUCUGCUCAAGAUGCAGUUUCGGAAAUGUGGAAAUUGCCAGUGAAAGAAGUAAGUGUAGUAAGGUCCAUGAUGAAAUAUGAGGUGGAACCCUAUUUAAAAUUUCAAGGUUCCUAUACUCCAUUUUAUGAAGUGAUAUUCAACCCGGACAAUUUCCCGUUGGACAGCAUUAAUAAUUUUCAAAUAUACAAAUACUUAUCAUCUCAGCCAACUCCACUUGAUACCAAAUUCAACGAGACAAAAUGGAAUAUUUUAUACUCCAAUGGUAAAAAUCUAGCAUCGAUUCCUCUCCCUAACUUAGUUUUUGAGUUAGAAUCUUUAAUCAAAUCAUUCGGAGAUGAUUCACAAAUAUUUAGCGGAAUAUCGUUGAAUGAAUGGCUUGUAAAUCUAAAGUUUAUGAAUGCAAUGGAUAUCAAGGAUCUUAAAUCGUUGAAAAAACUUCAGAACGAAGACUCUGUUGUACAAACAUCAUACUUUUCGAUCAUCACACAAAAUAUGUUUCAAGGACACAUCGAUAUCAAAACCGUUCAAAACGUGGUGGAAUUCAUCGAAUCAUCAACUUUGUUCGAUAAACUAACUAACGAGCUACAAACUUCCAUAUUAUUGGAGAGUUUAUUGAAACUUGGCAAAUUUGAUAUUUUGGAGCAAUUUGUAUCUACUUCAGGAGUCAAAAUUCAAGACAAAGUAAUAAUCCAGCAUUUCUGGAGAUUUUUCAAUAUUGCAUCCAACGGUUCUCUGUCAGACCCUGAUAUGAAGAACGCUAACAGAACGUUGAAUUUACUCAGUAAUAAAGAAACACAUUCUAACCUAUACGACAUUCUAACUAUAGUGGACCGCUUAUCGCACUAUUCAUUAAGUUUCAAACGGGGUAUGCCAUUCAAACCUGCGCAUAUUUCAGAGUUUAAAGCUAACCCUAUGGAAAUCGUGGAGAAAUUACUUGAUCUUAAUCCGAAAUUGAGAAAAAAUAUUGAAGUAACAUUUGAUAUUUUGAAGGAAUUAUACACCGCAUUGCAAGUAACUCCAUCUGAUAAAGAUUUUACGAAAGAAUAUUCUAAGCUACUCUCUGAACAUAUUAAUAAUUUGCUAGCGAAUGGUGAUUUUAAAUUUGCUUUUGAUCAAGCAAUAAAUCUUAUCGAAAGGCCUGAUGCUGCAGAACAUUGGGUGACAAUUUUCCAAGUCGGGAAGUACAUAGACCCUAAUUGGCUAGAUGCAGAGAUUCCAACAGAAAUUAUAUACUUGCAGUUGGGAAUUGUCUCUAAGCUAUUGCAUAUCUGUCCUGAAAAGGAAUAUGAAGUCAUUACUUCACAGUGGUCCGGCUUAGAGCUGGAGUUAUCAACAAGAAAUCUGAUUUCAGAUAAGUAUUCUCUUGAGAACACUCAAAGAAGUAAUGAUAAUUUCAUGAGCGAUGUCUCAACAAACGUCGGUAACUUCCUAUCAGGAAAGUUUCAAUGGAAUAUCGGUGGUGCUUAA